UAAAACUUACAACUGUAAAGGGGUAUGGCAAGUACAGGUUCCUCCAUUUUCACAUGACGUAUUGGGAGUGGAUCUUCGAACUCAACAAAAAUAUUCUGCAGCCUGCUUGCUGUCUAAAGUUAUUGUACGAUAAAAGACAGGAUUUACUCCAAGCAUGAGAGGCUCAUAUGGGGACAGGGACCGUGGACGAGACAGAGGGCCACGCUUUGGGUCCAGCAGUCGCAGGAGCCCCCCACCCCCAAAGUUUGGGAAUCCUGGAGAAAGACUCAGGAAGAAGAAAUGGAACCUGGAUGAGCUACCCAAAUUCGAAAAGAACUUCUAUAACGAAAACCAGGAGAUCCAGCGAAUGACUCAGUAUGAUUUGGAGGAAUUCCGCCGCAAGAAAGAGAUCACAGUCAGAGGAUCUGGCUGCCCAAAACCAGUCACGCACUUCCAUCAGGCCCAGUUCCCUCAGUAUGUAAUGGAUGUGCUGUUGCACCAGAACUUCAAGGAACCCACUCCCAUCCAGGCCCAGGGAUUCCCCUUGGCCCUGAGCGGGAGAGACAUGGUGGGAAUUGCUCAGACGGGAUCUGGGAAGACUCUGGCAUAUCUCCUUCCUGCUAUUGUCCACAUCAACCACCAGCCUUACUUGGAGAGAGGCGAUGGACCUAUUUGCCUUGUGCUGGCUCCCACUCGAGAACUGGCACAGCAGGUGCAGCAGGUGGCCUAUGAGUAUGGGAAGUCGUCCCGCAUCAAGAGCACCUGUGUGUAUGGAGGGGCCCCCAAGGGGCCUCAGAUACGUGACCUGGAGAGAGGUACGGAGAUUUGCAUUGCCACGCCAGGGCGUCUCAUUGACUUCCUGGAGGUCGGAAAGACCAACCUGCGGCGCUGCACUUACUUGGUGCUGGACGAGGCUGACCGUAUGCUGGACAUGGGCUUCGAGCCCCAGAUCCGCAAGAUUGUGGACCAAAUCCGACCCGACAGACAGACUCUGAUGUGGAGCGCCACUUGGCCCAAAGAGGUGCGUCAGCUGGCAGAGGACUUCCUGAAAGAGUACGUACAGAUCAACGUGGGCGCCCUGGAGCUGAGCGCCAACCACAACAUCCUGCAGAUAGUGGACGUGUGCAUGGAGACUGAGAAGGACAACAAGCUGAUGCAGCUAAUGGAGGAGAUCAUGGCUGAGAAGGAGAACAAAACCAUCAUCUUUGUGGAGACCAAGAAACGCUGUGAUGAACUGACACGUCGCAUGCGGAGGGAUGGAUGUGGAGGACGUCAAGUUCGUCAUCAACUACGACUACCCCAACUCGUCGGAGGAUUACGUGCACCGCAUCGGGCGCACCGCCCGCAGCACCAACAAGGGCACGGCCUACACCUUCUUCACCCCGGGGAACCUGCGGCAGGCGCGCGACCUGGUGCGCGUGCUGGAGGAGGCGCGGCAGGCCAUCAACCCCAAGCUGCUGCAGCUGGUGGACUCUGGACGCGGAGGAGGCGGAGGAGGUAGGAUGCGUUACCGUGGCGGCGGCUCCAGUUCGAACAACCCCAACAUGAUGUACCAGGAUGAGUGUGAGCGGCGAAUGCGCUAUGUGGGCGGCAGCUCAAAGGCCCUGCCGCUCCAACCCGGCCGCCCAUGGCAGCAGCCGACUGACCGGACCGCUCGUCCUCCUCCUCCUCAGCCGGGACGCGCGGGAGGCGGCCGCGGCGGCUACAACGAGCAGUUCCAGAGCUACGGCUCCGGUGGCGGCGGCCAGUACGGCUCCAGGGGGGGUGGUGGUGGCGGUGGAGGAGGGGGCAGCGGCGUGCAGGAGCCCUCGGGUCCGCCUCAGGGUCCCUUCGGCCAGCCCCCUCCUCCACCGGCCCAGGGCGUGGCCGGGCCCCAGCCUCUCAUGGCGCAGCAGUUCCCCCCUCCUCCCCAGCCCAUGAUGGGGUUCCUAGGGCAGGGCCCGUAUCCGUUCGCCCCGCCACCUCCUCCCCCACCUCCACCGCCCAGGAAGUAGCCUAAGAGAUCGCUUAUCUUAAGGACCAUCAACCUGACCCGUUCCCAAAAAAAGGAGCCCACUGUCCUCCUCCCAUAGGAAUAGAUGGACAUGGUGAAAGUGUAAUCCUGUGUUCUUUUCUUUCCCCCUCUCCUGUUGGCUAGUUGUCACCAACAGUGGAGGACCUGAGGAGGUAAGGGCUGAUUCGCUUCAGUUUUAUGCUCUGCAGCUGAUUGUGUUUUAUGUGAAUGUGCUGUACCAGUAAAGAAGCUUUGGUGUCUCUCUCUUUGUUGGUGGGCCACGCUCUUCUGAGCAGCCCCUCUUGGCAAAUAGUGGCCAGACAUUAUGUGUGAAUUAGUAACUGUGGGUCAGAAAGGAAAUUGAUCCAUUUGAAUAGUGAAUUAAGUUGCUAUAACUCGUUCUUUUGUAAUUAUCAAAUAUAUUAUACUUUUGUAAUGCCAAAAUCCAGGUCAUUACUUUCUAUAUCUCAGUGUCAAGCCACCUGCAUCCAUAGUAUAUAGUAUAAGAUUGAAUUCAAUUUGGUCACUUCUUUUAUUUUGUAUUUUUGAUCAUUAUAUGAUGUUUAAUCUAGGGACUAAUUAGGGAUUGAAGACAACACAGUUGGAAAACAUACACCGAACCCAGUGCCUCUGAUUUGUUUGAAAUCUUAGUCAAAUGGGAGCUGCACCCAUCAAGUCUGUUCUUUUUUAUACUAUUGUGCUUCUCUUUUACAGGUUUAAAUAAAGACCUUUAACAUCAUA